CGUUGCAUUGUUGUGGGAGGAGUUUUAUAAUGGACCUCCAUUUAACUUACAGGGAACAGAAGUCUGGCACGGGAGAAUUGGGUACAGGUUGGGGUUGGCACAUGAAUGAAGGCUGUAUGGGGAGAUCAGCAGAACCCGGCCCCUCCCUCCGUGGAUGUGUUAGCUGGGGUUUGUGGGUCCCCUUUCCUACAUUCGGUUGAUUAUGCGGCUAAGAUUUCCUCUGGCACUGGGAAAAGGCUUGGUGGCUAGGUCUGAGUGGCAACAGCAAGCAAGUGCUGGAGUCCUAAGUGUGUUGUGGUUCCUUUAGUCCUCAAUUCUCACCUGGCCAAGGUCAACCAGUCUACUUGCCCUCACUGUCCUCCAGGAACACUUUCUCCUUUUCCUUGAAACCUGGCAGGCUGUCUUUUCUCAGGGCCUUACCCAAGGUAUCAUUUUGCUUGGAAUAUUCUUCUUAGCAGGCUCCCCAUUUUCUUGAAGGUCUGGUUUCACUUUAAAUUAAAUAACUAAGGCCUGAUCUGCACAGCAAAGGAAAUAAGAAAACUAGGACAAUCUGAAUGGGAGAAGAUGUUUGUAAAUGACAUCUAAAAAAGGCUUAGGAUUCAAAAUAUAUAAAGAACUACAACUUGGGGCGCCUGGGUGGCUCAGUCAGUAAAGCAUGCAACUCUUUAACUUAGGGUCAUGAGUUUGAGCCCCACGUUGGGCAUAGAGCCUACUUAAAAACACAAGAAGUGUUGGCAAGAAUGUGAAGUAGGAACCCUUAAUGCACUGAGUGGUAACCCAGCCACUAUGGAAGACAGUAAGGAGGUUCCUCAAAAGUAAAAAAUAGAACUGCCCUAUGAUCCAAUAAUCACACUACUGGGUGUUUACCCAAGAGUAGGAAAAUACUAAUUCAAAGGGAUACACGUACCUUUAUGUUUAUUGCAACAUUAUUAAAAUAGCCAAAUAUGGAAGCCCAAGUGUCCAUCGACAAAUGUACGACUGAAGAUGUCGUGUAUAUAUACAAUGCAAUAUUAUUCAGCCAUAAGAGAAGGAAAUCUUGCUGUCUGCAACAUGGAUGGAACUAGAGUAUGAUGCUAAGCAAAAUAAGCCAGAGAAAGACAAAUAUCCUAGGAUUUCACUCACAUACGGAAUUUAAGAAACAACAAAGACCAAUAAAGAGGUAAACCAAAAACAGACUUUAUAGAGAACAAUCUGGUUACCAGAGGGGAGAUGGGUGGAAGGACGAGUGAAACGGGUGAAGGGGAUCAAGGUUACAUUUAUCUUGAGCACACAGCAAUAUUUGGAAUUAUUGAAUCACUAUAUUUUACAUUUGAGACGAAUAUAACACUUAUGUUACACUGGCAUUAAAAUAAUUAGAAAUAAAGGCCGGAUCUAAAGUAGAUUCUUCUAUUUCUUGACUUCCCCAGUUAAUGCCGCUAUGUAUUUGUGAUCUCUAUUCUGAGUGCCCUCCAAACAUCCGCCGCAGGCCACUGGCCAGGAGCACAGCGGCUGCGCCAGCGAGCGAGAGGUCGGGUCCGGGGGCGGGGCCUGGUUUCGGCUUCCGGCGGAAGAGCCAGGGAGCAAGAUGGCUGCCGACAAGACCGUGUUGUUCGUUGCCGAGCUAGCGUGGGUUUCUCUUGUGGCUCUGCCCCCUCAGCCUGUGAGCAGCGCCCGCGACUUGACGGCUCUGCUGGUCCUGGCGCUGCCCAGAGCCCUUUCCCUCUAUGAUCUUGGUCUCGGAGAGUUGGGAGAUCCCGCUGCAAAAAAGGCCUCAUCAAAUCCUCAGGUGUACAUGGACAUCGAGAUUGGGAACAAGCCAGCUGGCUGCAUCCAGAUGCUUCUGCGUUCAGACAUUGUCCCCAUGACAGCAGGCCUGCUCUCCAUGGUCAGCUCUGGCCCAAACACCAACAGCUCCCGAUUCGUCCUGACAUGUGACAAGACUGAUUGGGUAGAUGGCAAGCACAUAGUGUUUGGGGAGGUCACAGAAGGCCUGGAUGUCUUGCAGCAGAUUGAGAUGGGUGCCCACUUGGGCCCUGGAGACCCAGGGCAGCAAGGAUAGGAAGCCAAAGCAGAAGGUGAUCAUUGCCAACUGUGGGGAGUACGUGUGAGUCCGCAAAGUCUCGGCACUGCCCCUGCAUAUCCAGGAGGGAGCUGUCAGCCUGGGAACCAGCACCUGAGGGUGUCUGUCCCCUUUGCGGCAAGCAGGGGUUUGUGUCAUGGCCCUUCUUGGACUCAGCUCACAGCGACUCUUCUGCGGGUCCAAAUGCUUGCUCAAGGCUUCAUGGUAAGAAGAGAAACCCCAGGAAAGCUCCCCUUUCAGCUUCCCAGAAGCUGUAGGACUCUGGACUUUGGGAGGAAAUGGGGACAAAACACAGCCCCGUCCUCAGUCCCCAGC